UUAACUUCUGCUCCCUCCGGAAGCUCCUACACUAGCAAAACGCUUUGCUCUUUGUGCUUCGUGGCAGAGGAAAAUAAAAAUAAAACAAUUAAAAAAAAAAAGAUUCCCCCUCCACCCAUGCUCCAGCCCUGACAUCGAUUUUGCUGCAGGGAGAAAUUUAAAGCGAAGGACAGCAUUUUGCAAAAUGCAGUAUUUUCUUGACAGCAGUAAGAGGGAUGGUUUGGCACCGCGAUCCUUCCGGCGUAUCCUACCAAAUUGAGGAUUUCCCCUGCUGUCACAGAAUCACCAAGUCAGAUGAUGAGACUUACCCGUUGGGAGAAAAAUUCCCCACUUGCUUCAGGGAAUUCCAAUUAAAAACGUUCCGAAAUGAGGAAUUUCUGACCUCGGAUAGAAGCGGGACCGCGGGCCGAGAUUCGGGCAGGAGGGGAUGAAGAUGUCUGAUCUUCUUUGAGGACAUCCAAGAAGCCAACAUGGAUAAAAUUCUGGAAGCCAUCCUGGCCUCUUCCUACCCCGAUCACAUGAAACAAGGUCUGGUGAGGCGUAUCAUAGAGGCUUUGAAGAGGACCAUGGACACCGAACAGUGUUGGUCAAUGCUGGAACUUUCCACCAAACUUUUCCUCUUGGGCGAUACCAAAUUCAAGAGGUCCGUGGGCAAGGAGAUCCUGGAAGUCUGUGGACUUUACCACCAAGAGGCCUUUGAAGAAUUCUUCAACGCUCAGUUCCUCCUAAGUCUUCUCCAAGAAGGCUAUGGACCUCUCGGGAAGAGAAGCUUGUACGUCUUUGAUUACAUCCAUCUCGGAUUGCCCUUCGUUAUGGACGGCCCUUCGGCCAACGACGUCUUCAGUCUACUGAGGACGGAAGUCCUACGGAAGAUCUGUGAGAGGCCGGGCCUGAAGCAAUGUGUGAAGAUCAGUAAGCUCUUAACUCACUACCCGCUGUGUGUGCCCACCGGCAAACGCCAAACCCUUUUUUGCCAACAACUGAUACGAUGCAUCGGGCAGUUCCAUACCAGCUCCGGACGGGAAGACGCCAUUAUGGAAUUUUUAGACCAGGUGAUCCAAGUCACCCUUUUGCUGCAGAAAAUCUGGAAAACUCAGAUGACCUCCAUCCUCCCUUCUCUGAAGGAACUCUUCACCAUCAUAUCGACCAUAGAAGACCAGGAUCCCUCGAUUGCCUUAGCCAGCGUGGUCCAGUACGUUCCUCUGGAGCUGAUGGACGGCAUCCUAAGAAACCUCACCAACGACGACAGCAUCACUGACCUUCAGAUGAUGACCGCGAUUGGAAGGAUGAUUGAAUGGGUCUCCUGGCCCCUGGGGAAGAACUUAGACAAAUGGAUCAUCGCCUUGCUGAAGAAUUUGGCGGCAGUGAAGAGGUUCAGCAUCCUGAUGGAAGUCACGCUUUCCAAAAUUGAGCGCGUGUUUUCCAAGCUGCUCUACCCUAUUCUGAGAGAGGGGGCUGUCUCUAUUCUGCGUUACAUGUUGCUGAGUUUCCAACACUCUCACGAAGCAUUUCAUCUGCUUCUGCCACAUAUACCCAGAGUGGUGGCAGCGCUUCAAAAGGAAAACUCCAAUUCGGCAUCCCGGUGUUUGGACCAGCUGGCCGAAUUGAUCCACUGCAUGUUUUUCUGCUUCUCGGGAUUUCCAGAUCUCUACGAACCUCUGGUGGAAGCCAUAAAAGCUGUCCCAAUUCCUAACGAAGAUCGCAUUAAGCAUCUGCUUGGGCAGAAUGCUUGGACCUCCCAGAAAAACGAGCUGGCCAACCUCUAUCCUCGCUUGGCCUCCAAAUCGGACACCGGGAAGAUUGGCUUAAUUAACCUGGGGAACACCUGCUACAUGAACAGCAUCCUCCAGGCUCUCUUCAUGGCCUCAGACUUCAGGCGGUCGGUGCUGAAUUUAGCCGAGAACAACUCCCAGCCUCUGGCGGCAAAACUACAAUGGCUCUUUGCCUUUUUAGAGCACAGCCAGCGGCCUGCAAUUUCUCCUGAAAAUUUCCUUUUGGCUUCGUGGCCGCCCUGGUUCUCCCGCGGAGCCCAGCAGGAUUGCUCUGAGUAUCUGAAAUACCUGCUGGAUCGUCUUCAUGAGGAAGAGAGAACUGGUAGAAGGAUCUGUCAAAAACUCAAGGCCUGUUCCUUGGUGUCUCCUGGCGACCGUCAGCCCUCCGUGAACAAAACCCUGGUGGAAGAGAUGUUUGGUGGCAAAAUUAAGACCAAGAUCCGUUGUCUGAAGUGCCUGCAGGUCUCCUCCAGAGAAGAAGCCUUCACAGAUCUCUCCUUAGCUUUUCCACCUGCUGAUGACCACAAGGCCGGACAUGUCAGCAGUGCAUCGAUUAGGUCUGGAGAAGAAACGGGCCCUGAGAUCUCUCCGUCAAGGAUCCAGACUCAAAGCAGUCUAAAGGACUUGCCAGCUAGAUCAGGGAUAUUGAGAGCCCUUGGACAGAAUCCUUCUAAAAGUCCAGCUAGGGAAGAAGUUGUGUCAAAAAUUGUGGAGACUUCUUUCCCCUUGAUAUCCGGGCGAGACUCUGUUGAAGUGAAGCCCAUCAAAGAAUCUGACCUGGCUUUACAGAAGCAAGUUUCUGGCUGUCGGGCUUCCAGAUCUGUCCCGGAUUUGAUCAAUUAUUUCUUAUCACCUGAGAUGCUCACGGCGGAGAAUAAGUAUCACUGUGAGAAUUGCGCCUCCCUUCAGGAUGCCGAGAAGUUGACCGAACUGACCCAAGGGCCUCACUACCUCAUCCUCACCCUGUUGAGGUUCUCCUUUGACCUUGGAAUGAUGAGAAGAAAGAAAAUCCUUGACAACGUCUCGGUCCCAUUGAUCCUCAAGCUGCCGGUCCUGGUGUCUUCUGAUCCAGGGAAGACCUCAGGAUGGACUUCAUCCUGCAAGGACUUCGCUUCAGUGGUGUACGAUCUCUGCAGCGUGGUGGUCCAUUCUGGGGUCUCCUCAGAAAGCGGUCAUUACUACUGCUACGCCAGGGAAUGCGAGGAUCCGGCCACGGAGAGCCCUUGUCAGGACAACACUCGGAACACGGCUUCCACAAAGUCUACCGACGUGGAGAUCCAGUGGUACAUUUUUAACGACACCAGGGUUGUCUUCUCUUCUUUUGAAUCUGUGAGUAACGUGACCUCUUUUCUGCCGAAGGACACGGCUUAUCUGCUCUUUUACCGACAGAGAGGGAGGCAGGCCUCCAACGGAGCUGGUCCGGAGCCCAGUUGGACAAACAGAAGCUUACAUUCUCCAGAUAAGAACUUGAUGGAUGCCAUUGCCAAGGACAACAUCUUAUUCUUGCAGGAACAAGAAAAAGAAGCCAGAAACAGGAACGCUUACAUUUCGGCUUUACCGAAAUCUUCCGUUUGGUGGAAAGACCUUGAUAGAGAUAACCACGAUGAUGAGGAUGAUGAAGGUGCCACAGGGGGGUGCAGCCAUGACCCCCGUGGUGGAGGAUCGGGGUCUUUCCAUGGACUGGUCUUCUAGCCCUUGUGCCCAAAGCAAAUGGUUAAUCCUGCAAUCAUCAAGUACGGAUUCCUUUCCCUUGACCUUGUGGCCUUGGAAGUCUAACCAGGAUUAGUUGUCUACUCUUCCCCAAAACUAUGGAAAAUGAUGUUUUCUGGAACAACUGUAAUCAGGGCACCCUCCACCUGUCAUAAAAUUGCACUUCCUGGAAGUAGCAGGAAGAAGGUGCCACAGCUUUAACUUUCACGGCCGACCAACGUCCCCCUCUCGGUGAAGAGGGGGGGCAACGUUCGUUGUGACCUCCUUAGUGGAGGUCAAUUGGGCAAUUAAUUUUCUCUAGGGCCACAUGACAGACUGGGAUUUGUGGAGGGCUGAACAAAUAGGGCUGUGAAGGUGUGUAGGCACGUGUGCACGCGCCUACACAAAGGCUAUUCUCCAAAGCACCUGCAGGCAGGACAAGACGCAAAGGAAGGAAAGUCAUCAAGGAGAGACGCAACCUGGAAUUUCCUGACAGCGAGAACAAUUAACCAGUGGAACAGCCUGCCUCCAGAAGCUGUGAAUGCUCCAACGCUGGAAGCCUUUAAGAAGAGAUUGGACAACCAUUUGUCUGAAACGAUAUAGGGUUUACUGCUUGAACAGCAAGCGGUAUAUAAGUCUCAUAAAUAAA